AAAACAUAUCUUAACAUGUCUGGAAGAGGUAAAGGCGUCGCAAAAGCCAGAGCGAAGGCCAAGAGCCGUUCCUCCCGUGCCGGGCUCCAGUUCCCCGUGGGUCGUGUCCACAGACAUCUGAGGAAGGGCAACUACGCUCAGCGUGUCGGCGCCGGAGCUCCGGUCUACCUGGCGGCGGUGCUGGAGUACCUGACCGCUGAGAUCCUGGAGCUGGCUGGAAACGCCGCCCGGGACAACAAGAAGACCAGGAUCAUCCCCCGACACCUGCAGCUCGCCGUCCGCAACGACGAGGAGCUCAACAAGCUGCUGGGAGGAGUCACCAUCGCUCAGGGUGGUGUGCUGCCCAACAUCCAGGCUGUCCUGCUGCCCAAGAAGACCGAGAAGGCCGCCGGCAAGAAGUAAACAUCUCUCCGACUGCUGGAGAAAACCUCAAAAGGCUCUUUUAAGAGCCACACACUUCUUCGAAAAGAGUCGUUUUCUCCUAAACAAUUUAAACAGCUUGACUUAUAAUAAUUGACUAAGUGCUCCAUAUUAAAUGUACUAUUUAAUACUAUAACAGCAGUGUUCUUUAUGUCAGAAUGGAGGCCUGGUGUACCAAUAUGGAGUCAAACUAAUUUACCUUAGCUACACAAACUAAAAUGCCAAACAGAAUAAGUUAAACUUAUUGUUUUGUUAUCUGUGUCAAUGGUGCAAAACUGUUCCACAAACUACUUCUUUGAAAUGUCACAUUCUGAAAACUAUUUUAAGUGCAGACUAUGGCUUUUAUUUAUUGAACUCAUUUUUCAUUUGUGUAAUUGUGAUCCUGAAGUUAUUUUAUCUUAUUUUGUAUUGCUUACCUUCCAAAAAUAAACUACAAUUUCCAUUGAGAACA